GUGCUUUCAAACUAAUCUAGAACAGCAAGUGUGAUGUAUUGUGUAUGCGGCCCAUAACUGAACCUAGACCCGGGAAUCAUCACAAAGCACUGCAGCAAUAUGGGCAUUCUUUUCAGACAUCUUACCAUUGUUCAGCUCUUCCUAUGGGGUUUCAAAGAUGUUGCCUUUGUGGACCUUCUCACCAUUAGUGGAGGAUCUGUGGUAUAUGAAGAGCUUCACGGUGAACUCAGUCUCAACUGUUCAUCCGACUGCAGCGUUCCCACAUGGGAGCUGCAAGACGACAUUCUGGCUGAACUUCAGGCUGGUCAUCGUAGCAGUCGUUUGACAAUCCAAGAUGUCACCACAGACGAUGGAGGGAAGUAUACCUGUAAAGAGCAGUGUGGUGCUAGCACCAAAACGACAUCGGUCAAAGUCAUAGUCUACUCUUUAGGUAAGAUGGUCCUCCACAGUACUCCACAGACUCCUCGGUCAGGCCAGCCUUUUACGGUGACCUGUGAGCUAAGGGAUUUUUAUCCAGAAACUGUUCAGCUUCUUCUAUCUCACAAUGGUAUUGAGGUCAAGAAGCUUGACACUGAUGGCACAGUAAUGGAAGUAACAUCUUCAAAUCAACAGAAGACAACAAACACCAUUUACAGAUGUGAAGCACUAAUGGAACUGGAAGGCAAGACCAUACGCAACUCUACUGAUUUGCUAGUACAACCUGAAGAGCCUAAAACAACAUUAGCCACAUCUACACAACAAAAUAUACUUUCAACCUCGCCUUUUAGGCCUUUGACACCAGAGGAUGAUCUGCAGAAUCUAGAAACAAAAAUAAGAGAGACUACAACUGAUUUUCUCCAUGCGCCUACUGAAUCAAGCACCGCAGAGGGUCAACACAAAAAUCACGUUGCAGCAGGGACUACCGCAGCUCUCGUCAGAACAGAACAAAAUGUACUUUCAACACCGCCUUUUGCGACUCGGGAUGAUUUACUCUAUCCAGUAACAACAGUGACAGAGGCGCUGGUCACUGUAUCAGAGAGUGAAGAGGUCCAAACAGCAAGCGCCUCUGGAGACGUUCCACCAAGCGUGGGCCUGUAUGCGCUGUCCACCCUGGGUGCCGUGGCCUCCAUCGCGUCCAUGGGCACUGCUCUGUUCCUGGUCCUGUACAGGAAAAGGAAGAGGCGCCAGGAAAAGACGGAGGGCGAAGAGGAGAUGGAGAAAGAGAAGGAGACCCAACAACUCCCAGAGAUGAGCCCCUAGUGAGGAGGUGGCCCCAGGAGAACAUGGGUCUCUCUGUGGCCUCACAUUAGCCAGCCGGCAGGCACAGCCUUGACAUCGGCACCAUCUGUCUUUUGCUUUUUUUUCUCUCGAGUUAAAACAGCGCUUAUCUUCUACUGUUACAAUUUUAGUUCCAUUACUGGUAUGAGAUAUCAGUGGAGAGUAUUUUAUUGCCAAUAAAAGUUUGUCAAUGCAGUCCACAA